AUGUCCGACCCGUCCUCAUCAUACGCGAACAUCCCAACACCCGAAGAGGUCGAUUCCCUUCCAUCAUCAUCCGCCGGCUCGACAACCUCGGUCUCGCCGAGCGAAGAAGAAGCAUACUCAGACGCAGAACGGGAAUGGAGAGAAAGCUUGCAACAGCUGGAGUUGUUGUUGACACUGGUCUUGAUCCCGUACGUGGGCAAAUACUUUGGCCGGAAGUGUGCAUAUUGGGGUUGGGGCAAGUUCAUGGAAUGGAAAUAUCCAGUCUCGGUCGAAAUUACGAGUUCGAAAGCUUUCAACGCUGCGGGAAUGGUUGAAGCGGCCGCCUCGCUAUGA